AUGUCCGAAAACUUAUACGGAGAGGAGCACCGAGUGGAAAUGCUCCGGUUGCAAAAGAUGAUGAACAAUAUGAACUGUGGGUCAAGGGCGGUGCCAUUAACAAUGAAGGACUUUCAAAUUCAGCAGGCACUCGGGAAAGGAUCCUAUGGACAUGUGUAUCGCGUUCGGAGUAUUCGUGAUGGGAAAGAUUACGCCCUCAAACAAAUCUACAUGUCAUCGGACAAGGAAGGGAUCCCGCAAAGUGUGCUCCGUGAAAUCACAGUGAUGAAACAUUUGGCGAGGAAAGCCCACCCAAAUGUGGUGGGCUUGAAAUCUGUCUUCCACCAAGUUGACAACAUCAAAAAUGUGAUAAAAAUUAACAUGAUAAUGGAGAGAUGUGAUUGGGAUCUGUUCACAUUUUUGCGCAAUAUUCCCCGUGGUAUUCCGGAGAAACAAGCAAGAUACGUGUCAGUCCAAAUUGUGAAGGGACUCGAUUUCCUGCAUUCUCAUAACAUCAUUCACAGAGAUUUGAAGCCUCAGAACAUUUUGGUGAAUAGAGAUCAAACUGUGAAGCUGGCUGACUUUGGUUUGUCAAAGGAGUACUCAAAUACAACUGCUUUCACGACUACGGUUGUCACUCUCUGGUAUCGCCCUCCUGAAGUUCUUCUCCAGUCGUACUACAACAGUUCGGUCGACAUGUGGUCCGUUGGGUGCAUUAUAUCUGAAAUCUACAGUCGUGAGCCGCUUUUCGCUGGUCGAGAUGAAGCGCAGCAAUUGGCGGAGAUUUUCAAAAAAAUGGGAACGCCAGUUGGCAAGGAAUGGCCCAGUGAAUCCGUAAUUUCAAAAGACUCCUUUCCGACUUACCCCAGCAAACCACUGAAACAACACAAUCCAUACAUGUCUCUGGAUGCCUAUGACUUUGUGCAGCAAUGUCUGAGAUACGACCUCGGAAAACGUCUCUCAUCACGUGCUGCUCUCAAACAUCCGUUCCUGAAUGUGAAAACGUUGAUUACAAAGCCUCGUGUGCUGAGAACCCUCAAUUUCAACAAAUGA